AUGGCAAGGGGAGAAGGUUCUUCCGCGCGUUCCGGCGGAAGAAGGUUCCAAAGGUUCUUCCGCUGGAUCCAACGAAAGAUGGUUCCGAAGGUUCUUCCGCGGGAUCCACGGAAGAACUAUGUCUUCCGCGGAUCCCGCGGAAGAACCUGCGGAACCUUCUUCCCCAGGCAACAUUUCCUGAUCGCGGAAGAACCUAUGGAACCUUCUUCUGCAGGUCGUGCGUUAGGAGCUGGUAGAGGUAGAGGCAUUAGUGAGGAUACGCAUGAGGCUGAUGUUCCUCUGCGUCGCAGACCUACUGCUUCAGCAAGUAGACAACAAGUUCGUCUGCGUGAGGACGUGACAGAGAGACCUGAGGAUGUGCCUCAGUUGCAUGAGGAUGUUCCUCAUGUGUCUGAUGCCACCCCAGAGAUGACAGGCGCCGCCGAUGCUGUUCAGACAAAGGGAGUGGCUACUGAUGGGAGCUUGGGGUCACCUGCUGCAGAUGAGGGUUUCCCCAAUGGACCACGCGACCCAUCGAUUUUGACCGAUUUUGCUGAGCAUGUCGCACACAGCAUCUGGAGUGGACGAGAACGACCCGAUCUGAAGUUGGUCUCCCACGGUAGAAAAGUAGAUAAAAUUGGGAGACCAACGCCUAAGAUCGAAGGGUUGAUUGCUGGCACCGGAUUGAGUCCACUGAUCAGGUGUUCUGUUAUCACCACUGAUCCUGGACUGAUAUCCGCCUUCAUCGAGAGGUGGCAUCGUGAGACUAGCACGUUCCACCUACCAGUAGGCGAGUUGACGAUCACGUUGGAUGGCGUGACGUCACUCCUACACCUUUUCAUCACUGGCGCGCUGCAUACGUUCGAGCCGCUUGUUACUUCAGACGCCAUUGGUCUACUGACGGAGCUUCUUGAGGUCAGUCAUGAGGAGGCUACAUUUGAGACCCGACAGGCUGGUGGGCCUCAUGUCCAGUUGGGGUGGCUUCGAGACUUGUAUCAGAGCCAGUGCAGGAUCAGACGAUGGGUUGUAGCAGCCCGCACGUAUCUACUCCACUUGGUGGGUUGUACUCUUUUCGCCAACAAGAGUUCAACCCAUGUACAUGUCGUGCACUUGGAGGCUUUCAGGGACCUGGCCCAGGCAGGGGGAUUCGCCUGGGGGGUAGCUGCAUUAGUCCACAUGUACGACCAUCUGAAUGACGCGUCACAGGCCUCUACACGGCAGCUGGGCAGUUAUAUUACACUUCUCCAGUGCUGGAUAUACGAGCACUUUCCUACAGUGCAUACAUCCGUCGUUCAUGAUGCUUAUGAUGAGGGGAGCCCACGGGCCUGCAGGUGGCUUACGGGUAAGGCUCAUAUGACGGGGAUCAAGGGAUCCCCGUAUCGGAGACGUUUGGAUGCCCUGAGUGUGACUGACGGUCAGAUUGUGGUGUACGUUCGACCUGACCGGGUUCUUCGACAGUUUGCCUACCUUCAGACGGUCCCUCCGCCGUCGGUUUGUGAUUCUUUGACGGGUGAUGAUAUAGAUGAUCGGUGGUUGAAUUUUCCAGACCAUUUGGUGCCUUCAGGGGAGCUCUGUGUAGUUCCUGGAUAG